AUGGCUGAAAUAACACAGUGUGGUGGUGGGGUUAACGGAAUCUUGUGGAUAACAGAGAUCGUCAACCUGAUCUGCAACAAGGGGGAUACUGCCUGGGUCCAGUCUGUUGUCAGCAGUGAGCAUUUGAUGUGGUUAGAAACUAAAAAUGGGUUUCAAUGUAUAAAGGAUCAGAAAGACCCACGAUUCUACAUCUCCCACCUCCCCGCUCACAUGUUCCCCAGGUCACUCUUCAAGUCCAAGGCCAAGUGUGUUUCUAUAAUGAGAAAUCCCAGAGAUGUUGUUACUUCCGGUUUUCACUUCUGGAAAUCAGUGAAGAUUACCAGAGAGCCAGAAUCGUUUGAAGAAUAUUUGGAAGGGUUUCCUCACAGAGGGGUGCCAUAUGGAUCAUGGUUUGACCACGUUUGCAACUGGCUGCAGGUGAAAGGAAAAAAUUUCCUGGUGAUAUCGUAUGAGGAGCUACAACAGGACAUACGAGCCAGCGUAGAGAUGCUCAGCCACUUCUUGGGCAAGAAGCUAAGCGCAGAAGAACUGAACUUGGUCCUCAAGAAUGUAUCCUUCAAGACGAUGAAAGACAAUAAAAUGCACAGUUAUUCCCUAUCACCUGAUGUCUGUAUUGAUCACAGCAAAUUCUUCCUGAGAAAAGGACAUGAAAGAAAUGGACAGAGAAUUCCCCUUCUUCUAUGGAUACACUAA